AUGAAUCUCUUCUCUCUUUCAGGCAAGACUGCCCUUAUCACGGGUGGAACACGCGGGAUAGGUCAAGCGAUGGCCAUUGCGAUGGCUGAGGCUGGCGCUGAUAUCGUUCUCAUUCAGAGGGACACUAGCAAUCAAGACACGAGAUUAGAAAUUGAGAAACUGGGGCGUAAGGCAACCAUAUAUACCGUUGACCUUGCCUCUCAGACAUCAGUGUCAUCCCUUGUUUCCACCGUGUUGCAAGAUGGCCAUGAUAUCAACAUUCUUCUUAACUGCGCGGGAAUUCAGCGUCGACACCCCAGUCACCUUUUUCCGCUGGAGGAUUGGGAUGAGGUUCUUCAAGUCAACCUCACGACUGUAUUCACACUGUGCCGGGACGUCGGUGCGCACAUGCUGACGCGAAACCCCGACCGGGCCGGUCAACGCGGCAGUAUCAUCAAUGUUGCAUCUCUCGUAUCUUUUCAAGGAGGAUUGACGGUUCCAGCGUAUGCAGCGGCAAAAGGAGGUGUGGCACAGCUAACGAAGGCGUUGUCGAACGAGUGGGCAGCCAAAGGAAUUAAUGUUAAUGCCAUCGCGCCAGGUUAUGUUGCGACCGAUAUGAACACGGCUUUAAUUCAAGACAAGGAACGCGCGGCCAGCAUUCUAAGUCGUAUACCUGCUGGUAGAUGGGGAUGUCCAGACGAUUUUAAAGGGUCGGUGGUUUAUUUGGCAAGUCGGGCGAGUGCAUAUGUCAGUGGAGAGGUGUUGACAGUGGAUGGUGGUUGGAUGGGACGAUGA